AUGUGGGCCUCUACCGCUCGCAAUGCCCGUCUUUUGUCGGCAAAGGUCCCACUGAACAGGGCAUGGACUCCUGCGCUCUCGUUAUCGGCUCCUCACCGAGGAUUUGCUACCUCUAAAUACGCUAUGUCGGGAGCUAUCCAAAAGAUUGUUGUUCAAAACCCAGUCGUCGAGUUGGACGGCGAUGAGAUGACAAGGAUCAUCUGGAAGAAGAUUCGUGAGGAGCUUAUUCUUCCUUACCUCCAAUUGGACAUCAAGUACUUCGAUCUGGGAUUGGAGUACAGGGACCAGACCAAUGACCAAGUCACCGUUGACGCUGCAAAUGCCAUCUUGGAACACCAGGUUGGUAUCAAGUGCGCAACCAUCACACCUGACGAAGCUCGUGUGAAGGAAUUCAACCUUAAAGAAAUGUGGAGGAGUCCCAACGGCACCAUCCGUAACAUUCUCGGCGGCACUGUCUUCCGUGAACCCAUCAUCCUCUCCAAGAUCCCUAAGCCCAUCCCAGGAUGGGUUAAACCCAUCGUCAUUGGCAGACACGCCUUCGGUGACCAAUAUCGCUCGACCGACUAUGUCGCUCCUGGACCUGGAAAACUUCAACUUGUCUACACCCCGGCUGAUGGCGCUCCUGCUACUGUAAUGGACGUUUAUGACUUCAAGGGUCCUGGAGUCGCCAUGUCCAUGUACAACACUGAUGAGUCAAUUACCGGUUUCGCACACUCCUCUUUCAAAAUGGCCCUGGCCAAAAAGAUGCCUUUGUUCAUGUCGACUAAGAACACCAUCUUGAAGAAAUACGACGGACGUUUCAAGGACAUUUUCCAGGAUAUCUACGACACGCAAUACAAGACCCAAUUCGAGGAAGCUGGCAUCUACUAUGAGCACCGUCUGAUCGACGAUAUGGUUGCACAGGCUGUCAAGUCUUCUGGAGGAUUCGUGUGGGCAUGCAAGAACUAUGACGGUGACGUGCAAUCCGACAUUCUCGCACAGGGUUUCGGCUCUCUGGGCAUGAUGACCUCGGAGCUCCUCACGCCAGAUGGCCAGAUCAUCGAGAGCGAGGCUGCACACGGUACAGUCACCCGCCACUACCGCGAGUACCAGAAGGGCAACGAGACGAGCACGAACCCCGUCGCGUCCAUCUUCGCGUGGACCCGCGGUCUGCUUCACCGUGCUAAGCUCGAUGGCAACGACGCGUUGAGGAACUUCUCGUUGGACCUCGAGGCUGCUUGCGUGGAGGUUAUUGACCAAGACGGAAUCAUGACCAAGGAUUUGGCGCUUGCUAUUCAUGGAAAGAACAUGCAGAGGGAGCACUGGGUCAUCACUGACGUCUAUAUGGAUGCCGUUAAGGCUAAGCUGCAGCAGAAGCUUGACGCCCGCAAGUCCAAAUUGUGA